GGAAAAGGUUUACAAGAGCGUGCAAACAUAAACAGUUCCAGCUGCGCCAAGCUCCCCGAUGAUUACUCGCUGGAAGCAGCUGCAACAAUUCCCGACAACUUCGUAACUACAUUUUACUCGUUGUCUAAUUGUUUGAAACUUGCUCUGCCAACGUUCCCCGCCUUUGUACUGCCUCCUCAUGAAGAGACUCCGAUCCUCAUUUAUGGUGCGGGAGCUACCUCGGGGGUCCAUACGCUGUUCAGCUGUUGGCCCUUGCUGGGUACAAGCGAGUCAUUGCAACCGCGUCCCCUCGCCACCAUUCUUACCUCAAGUCUCUUGGC